AUUCUGUUCUUAAGAAGUCAUCCUAAAGAAUAGGGUGGAAACUGUUACCUUCCACGAAGGCCAUGAAGAUAACUUGUAUUUGGGAUUUUCACAAGAUUAUUUCCAUCUGAGUGCUUCCUGGAAGAGGCAGUAUUUGGGCAGUCCUUAUAGGAUGAAUCAAGGUUUGGACAGACAAGAGGAAAGCUCUUUGGCUGAGGUCAGGGAAUGAAGAAAGAAAAGCCUUUCAUCCCUUCAUCAGCUCAGAGCAAGCCUGGAGAAAAGUUUCACUGGAGAAUUACAGGUUAAUGGUUGAACUUCUCAAAGAUGGGAGGAAAAAAAACUCCCAAGGCAUUAUGCUAAAGCAAAUUACAGCACAGGACAUUAUGGGAAGGAUGGGUCUGUAUAGUUUUUUUUUGUUUUUUUACCCUCCUUCAGCCAAUUGCUGUCUUUGUUUCUGCAGAUAUUACAUCAAGGAAACCAAAGGCCAGAUAACCUGUAGUUGGCUCAUUAUUAAAUGCAAGAGCCGGUCUAGAGUACAAACCCACUCAUUCGAUAGUAGGAGAAAGGUAAUUCGCUACGUGCCCAAGUUCAAAGUACCUAACGCGGGCUGAGCGGGCUGACCCUGCGGGCCCUUCUGGGCCGGCCGCACAGGUAACCGCAGAAGCCAUCCUGCAAUCACAGGUCCACGCUGGGCAGCCUAGCCAAUCAGCGUGCAGGCCGUUCUCUUCACAGCGGUGGGUCCUUUCCACUCCGCUGGAGACAAAGGUGGGGCAAGUUUGGCUGAGGCCGGUGAUUGGACAAAAUGAGAACCUCUAAGCCUAUCACAGAGCACCAUGUGGUCAGUCCCCCCUAGAAGCUGGUCGCUCGGAGCGGGCGGCUCCGGGUCUGCGGCCGCCCCCUGGAGGCGGGCGGGCGCGGGCGGCGCGGGCUCCGCGCUGCAGCAUGCUCUCGGGCAGCCUACGUCCCGGGCCGGGUUGGACCCAGGCUCCAGAGCCAAGCACCUUCGAGCCCAAUCAGGGUUACCACCGAACCUAAGCGAGGGGGCCUAGGAAGGCCCAGGGAGGGUGUCGGGCGCUGGAGGAAGCCCCGCAGACGCGAGCGGGCGCCCGGAUCGCCAUGGGGGAGGUGGAGAUCUCGGCCCGGGCCUACGGGAAGAUGUUACUGCAUGCCGCCCGGUACCCGCACGCCGCGGUCAACGGGUUAUUGUUGGCGCCGGCGCCGCAGUCGGGAGAGUGCCUGUGCCUCACCGACUGUGUGCCGCUGUUCCACAGCCACCUGGCCCUGUCCGUCAUGCUGGAGGUCGCCCUCCACCAGGUAGAUGUGUGGGGCGCGCAGGCCGGCCUGGUCCUGGCUGGGUACUACCAUGCCAAUGCAGCUCUCGGUGACCAAAGCCCUGGGCCCCUAGCCUUGAAAAUCGCUGGGCGGAUUGCAGAAUUCUUCCCUGAUGCAGUACUUAUUAUGUUGGAUAAUCAGAAACUGGUGUCUCAGCCUCAUGUGCCCCCAGUCAUCGUUCUGGAGAACCAUGGUCUCCGCUGGGUCCCCAAGGACAAGAACUUAGUGAUGUGGAGGGACUGGGAGGAUUCACGACAGAUGGUGGGAGCACUUCUGGAGAGCCGGGCCCAGCAGCACCUUGUGGACUUUGACUGCCACCUUGAUGACAUCCGGCAGGACUGGACCAACCAGCAGCUCAACACCAAAAUCACUCAGUGGGUUGGUCCCACCAAUGGAAAUGCCUGAGCCAGGGCCAUGGGGUGUGUGUGUCAGGAUCCAAUAAAGAGACUUGAGCUAGUGGA